GGUGCAUUCGUCCCUGAUGGACCGUGAGACAAAGGCUUUACGUUUGACUUGACUGUCCCUUCUCGAACUUGUCGAUCCAUGACGAGUGAAGAGAGCGCGUGGGGCCGUAACGCGCGUCGCUCCGCACGAGCGCCGGGACCGGGACGUCCUGCACCGGGGGUCCCGUCCUGAGAGAUAGACAGCUGCGCGUGCUGGGAUCAGCUGCUCGGACCUGUUCGGGGGGUUUUCCUGGGCGAGCGGGGAGAUGGUGAGACUGAGGCGCUCACACCGCGGACUCUGACAGGACACCAUGGGCACCGGCGUCCUCCCGCCUCUCCUGCUCGGGGCUUUUUUGCUUUACGCUUUGGGACAAGUUACACAGAAAAAUGGCCACUUGGAUACUGUGCAGAGUUCAGGCCCUCUGUCCUGUUUUGAGGGUUUCUCAGUGCUAGGUUAUUACAAUGGCUCCAUGUCGCAGACAGACUCAGGCUUUCCCUGUCUAAAAUGGACUGAGUUUCCUGACUACAUGCAGCAGUACCCAGACAGAGGGCUUGGAGAUCACAGCUACUGCAGGAACCCUGACCGUGAGUCCCAACCCUGGUGCUUCUUUAGACAGCACUCUGGAGCCAUCGCCUGGGCUUACUGCAACUGCCACCAGGGUGCAGCCAGGCUCAUGGGAGGAGGGUCUAACAAAAGUGGCCGUCUGGAGGUUUACCUAAAUGGCCAGUGGGGAACAGUCUGUGACACACACCUGACUGACCGAGAUGCAAGUGUUAUCUGUCGACAGCUUGGACUCGGUGAAAUCGGUACUGCUCUUCAGCACUCCUACUUUGGUCCAGGCUCUGGACUUUUCCACUAUGAACGACUUGGCUGCCGCGGCAAUGAAAAUACUCUCUUAGAGUGCCGGGGGAGGAAGUUUGUAUCUGGUGACUGUAAUCAUGGAAACGAGGCUGGAGUGGUGUGUGCUGCACCUGAAGGAAACGACACUCCUUUGAGGCUGGUAGGAGGCCAGGAAGACUUUGAGGGACGAGUUGAAGUCUAUCAUAAUGGCCAGUGGGGCACAAUCUGUGAUGACCAGUGGGAUGACAUUGAUGCUGAAGUGGUCUGUCGACAGCUGGGGUUUGGGGGUGUGCCAAAGGCGUGGUCGUGGUCUCACUUUGGCCCGGGGUCGGGGUCCAUCCUGCUGGAUGGGGUGCAGUGUACAGGAAAUGAGCUCUCUCUGGAAGAGUGUCCUCACACACCUUGGGGCCAGCACAACUGUGACCACAUGGAGGAUGCUGGAGUGUCCUGUAACCCAUAUACUGAUGGUGCAGUGCGUCUGGUGGGAGCGGAUUUUCCAUGGGAAGGACGCCUGGAGGUGUACCACAGUGGAGCCUGGGGCACCGUGUGUGAUGACAACUGGACUGAGAAACAUGCCCAGGUGGUAUGUCAUCAGCUUGGCUUCAGAGGGCAUGCUGAAAUAGCUCCAGAUUGUGUGUAUGGGGAAGGCACAGGGCUAAUUCUGUUGGAUGAGGUGAGGUGCGAGGGGGGAGAGACCUCCUUGCUGGAGUGCAGCCAUGCAGAGUGGGGGCGCCACGACUGCUCCCACAGUGAAGAUGUGGCCGUACGCUGUGAGAGAGGAGGAAUUGCCAAUGACAUUACUGUAGUUCCUCCAGUCUCAGGUCCCCUGGUGAGGCUGGUGGAUGGAGAGAGCCGUAAGGAGGGUCGUGUAGAAGUCUUUAUUAAUGGCGAGUGGGGCAGUGUUUGCGAUGAUGGAUGGAAUGACAUCAGUGCUGCGGUAGUGUGUAGGCAGCUGGGCUUUGUUGGAGUGUCUAGAGCCCGCUCCAUGGCCUAUUUCGGUGAGGGUCAGGGUCCAAUCCACCUGGACAAUGUGAGGUGUGUGGGAACAGAGUCAUCUCUGGGAGAGUGUUUAGCCGAUGGGUCAGACAAACAUAACUGCAGGCACAGUGAGGAUGCAGGGGUCAUCUGUGAUUACGUGUCCCAGCUAGUAGCUGACAGCACAGCGGCGAUCCAGACGUGCGGCCUGAGGCCCAACACACAGCGCCGCAGGAGGAGGAUCAUUGGAGGAGACAAGUCGCUUAGAGGGGACUGGCCGUGGCAGGUGUCUCUGUGGCUAAAAUCUCAGUCCAAAAGGAACCAUCCGCUGUGUGGAGCCACUCUCAUCAACUCCUGCUGGAUCGUCACAGCGGCUCAUUGUUUUAAAAGGUUUGGCUCUGAUCCCUCACGAUAUGUUUUGAGGUUGGGAGACUACCACACAGAGGAAAGAGAUGACUUCGAGCGCACUCUGUCCCCUGAGCGUAUCGUCAUACACAAGAAGUACCUCAGCCAGGGCUGGGAGUACGACAUUGCCUUGGUGAGACUGAAGGGCGCAGAUGGGAACUGUGUAUCAUACAACCCACACACUAGUGCCGCCUGCCUUCCUGCUCAUGGUGACAGGAAAACAAAGAGACCUGCUGCGUGUGUCAUCACUGGCUGGGGAGUUACAGACUCUGAGUACUCACGUACUUUGAUGCAGGCCUGGCUUCCUUUGCUGCCAUCCUGGAAGUGCAAAAAACGUUAUGGCAGCCGCUUCACUGGCCGCAUGCUGUGUGCUGGCAGCUUGUCAAACCGUCAUCGUGUGGACAGUUGCCAGGGUGACAGUGGUGGCCCGCUGGUGUGCCAGGGUGAAGGCGGGCGCUGGACACUAACUGGGAUCAUUUCCUGGGGUCAUGGCUGUGGGAACCCAAGUUAUCCUGGAGUAUACACUCGAGUCAGCAGGUUCCUUAAGUGGAUUGAAAAGGUCACCCUGGGUACUGCUUAACUCUGAGGAUAUAAUAUUACUAAGACACAUUUGUUUAAGUAUAGCGUGCAUAGAAUAUGAGAUGCCUGUCAGAGGAGUGAGACCCUGGUUCAUUGUCAGGACUGCAAACCAGGCUUCAUUCAACAUCUCACCUCAUGAUAUGUUGUUUUGUUUUUUUUUCUUUGACUUGAAGAGCUUUGUGGAAAGUGUGUUUGACCUUCUUGAUUGAGGUAAAGUAUAUAGAAUGUGCUGAACCCUCAAGGUUGAACUAAACAUUAUGGUUAAAAGUAUGUGGACACCUGACACUCACACACAUAUGUGAGUCUGUUGAAAAACAGUUGGAAACACAUAAUUGUCUUGAAUGUCUUUGUAUGCUGGAAACAUGAAUAUGCCCCCGUGUGCAAAGCAAGCUCCAGUAAGACACACUUUGCCAAGGUUGGUCUGGAAAAACCAAGUGACCUUUAUAUGACCCUGUUCGCAAACCCACUAAACAGGUUUGGCAUGACCCUUUUAUCACUAAUGCUCUUGCAGAGACCGCAUGUCUUUGCUGAUGCUCUGUGACAAUUGUAGUGUUAUGGUCAGGUGUCCACAAACUUUUGAACAGAUAGUGAACCUUUGUCAGACACGAGCUAGUAUGUAUUUAAAACCAUAUUGCACUAAACUGCAUGCCAUUACUGCAGGUCUUUUUUAUUUUAGUAUUGUUGGUCAAAAAGCUCUGGGUUUUUUAUGCAUAUCUACUUAACACAUCUUCAGCACAUGAUUAUUGCAACAUACAAGAAUUUCCACACAUUUCACUGUACUGUAGAAAGUGUUGUACAAUAAUUCUCAGUUAGCAUUAAAUGCUAAAAUGAAUUGACUUUCCAGGUAAGCGUAUGUGGGAGCCUGGUAUACAUUUUUGUACAUACUCAUGUCGAUGCUUUAUUACUUGUUGCAAAAUGAUGCAUACUCAUGUUCAAAAGUUAGUUCCAGCCCUCAUCUUUUAAUUCUAUUGUUUGUGCAAAAACAUAAUAAAACCAUCUGAUCGUGGCUAGUCUUAGUAUUAAUCAAAUACUGCCUCAGAUGAACAACAACACAUAUGCCAUUAUUUGUUUUUUACAAAAAUGAAUGCAAAAAGAAAAGAACAUGUAGGCAGUACGAAGUUCGCUUAUGAUUCAAUAGCUUGUAGAUCGAACUUUACCCGCAAUAAUUUGAAGUGAUCAUUUCCUGUAUGACUUUAUCUGUCUCUCAUAAUGUUGUUGAGAAAUUUUGGCCCACCACAGCAUUUCAGUUGGGUUGAUGUCUGGACUUGACCAUUACAAAACUUUGAUUCUUUCAUUUUUCUCCAAUUCUGAUAUAGAUUUACUAUCUGUACAGACAGAUGGCUACACACUUGCCUCUAGAAUACUCUGGCAUGGCAUUCAUGCUCAACUUAAUGACUGCAGGGUGCCCAGGUCCUAAUACAAGCCCAAAUCAUCACCCCUCCACAGCCAUGCUUGACAGUGGGUAUAAGGUGUUUCUGCUAAAAUGC